AUGAGUGGUAAAAAAGAACAAAAACCUGAAGGUUCGAAAAAAGCCGAUAAAAUGGUAGAUUAUCAUAGAGAAUUUUUAGAUAUGGAUACUGAUGAAGAAGAUUUUGGGCGACAAGAAUCACCUGAAGUUGAAGAAGAACUUCCUUUAGAACCCGAAAAACCAGUAUAUAGUGAGGAGGAGUUGAUUACUUUAGUGAAACAUGUAAAAGAUUUAACACAUUACUUUUUCUGCGAUUAUCUGAAUUGGAACGAAUGUUGUGAUGAAAUAAUUCGAGAAUAUUUUAAAAGUCCUUCAAAUAUAGUGCUAAGUAUAUUUUACGAGAAAAACGAAUUAAACGCCAUAUUAAAUAUUCCGGUACAAUCAUCCGAAGGAUUUACAUAUUUCUUGAGAUCUCCAUGGCAAAUUUACACACCAGACAAUUUUCGUAAUACCGUUUCAUUCGGUAGUGUUAACAAAAAUGUUAAAAAUACUGUUUUCAAAUUUAUGGAAAAUAUAUAUGCACCGAUUGUGCUUCACAGCGAUGAUUAUGCAUCAUUUGUAAGAAAUGACGUGUUCGUAAAUUUACACGAGUUUAUGAUGCGUUUAAUGGAGGAAAUUUAUAAACCAAUGGAUUUAACUGCAUUAUACGUACCAAAGGAACGUCUUCUUCAGACAUUUUCGAAAGCAUCGGACAAAAAUGAUUAUUUUUUGUUGGGCGAAAAUGAAACAACUCUUUUCUCAGAGGAAGACGAAAGAAAACGAAAAUUAGUCGACAGAUUGGAAAAAAUAAUUUUGUUUUGGAUUCGACAAUUGCGUAGAGCAACAAUAAUAUCAACGAGGAAAAUGUUAGUAACUAAUACAAAUUUAAAACAUUUACGUACUCAACUUCUUAACGCCGAAGUUCGAUCGAUAAUCGAUAUACUGAAAACUUUGCAUUCUCCUAGUGCAAAUACAUUAGGAGAAUUGACUUUGCGCAUCGAUGCAAGAUUAAAAGAAGCGUCGUCCAAUUUGACAAGUAAUAUGGAAACAUUAUGCCAAGCGAUGAGCUCUCAGAUAAUGCAUCAAUGCAUAAAAUACAUCGAAUUAGACGUGGUUCUUGGAAAUAACCCGGAAAUGGGGAUACAGAUGCUAGAAAAAUGUAUAUUCUGUUGUAAUAUUUAUAAAACAAUUUAUGAUAAUCUUACGGUAAAUGUUAUAUCCUACAUAAAACCUGAUAAAAAAUGGAACGUUAAUGAACAAGAAGUUUUCAACAAAAUUGAUACUUUUAAACAAAGAUGCUAUGACGUUAUUGAAAUUUGUAAAGCAUUAAUUGUAUUUGGAAGGGGUAAUAAAAUAGGGUUAAUUGGAGGUCCAAAAGGAACCGAUUACGAAGCAUAUUGGCGGGAAAUUGAAUCUUUGUUUCAUGAAAGUUUAGAUGAAAUUAUAAUGUCCGGUGACAUUAUAUUUGAUGUUACGAAAUCUAUUUGGCUUAGAAAAAUUAGGCGAUUUAGGUACGCGGUCUUACAAUUAGAGAAUAUGGUAGUAAAUUUAAUUAACGAUAUAUUUGAAAAUGUAAAAAAUAUAGAAGAAGGUAUCGAAGCAAUUUACGCUUUACAAAAAUUUGAAAAGAGGAAAAAUUUACGGGACCUAUUACAAAAUAAAUGGAUACAGGUGUGGAAGAUUUUUAGCGACGAAAUUGAAUCUUGUUAUAUGAAUGCAAUUUAUGAGCCAAAGAAAAAGACUGACAUUGAAAUAAAUUUAUCAUGCAUUUCACAAUACUUAAGAAACCAAUAUUCUAUAAUCAUUAAUGCAUUAGAUUGGAUAGGGGUGUGUGGAACAGAGAAGUGCGUUUUGCAACAAUAUGAACAUGUACUGGAUGUAAUUGACAAGAGAAGAAAGAUGUUUAACAUUUACAGUACAAGUGGAACAGAGUAG